AUGUCUGCAAUCACACCGCCCGCUCCAUUCAACCCAACCGGGGAAGAUUGGGAAGCUUACAUGGAGCGAUUCUAUAUGUUCAUGGAGGCGAACGAUCUGCUGAGCUUAUCAGAGCAGAGAAAGAGGGCCCUUUUUCUCACCCAUUGUGGCCCGGCAGUGUUUAAAAUGGCAAAGGCACUUGCCGCCCCAGCCGAUCUGAAGACCAUGACCUGGACAACGCUGCAAGAAAUACUCAAGGCACACUACGCACCGCAAGCAUCAUCCCUGGUAAGAAGGCAUGAGUUUUAUUGGAGGGACCAAAGAGAGGGAGAGACGAUCAGUGCGUUCGUGGCGACCUUGCGAGAAAUAGCUGCCGCAUGCGAUUUCCUGAAUCUAGAAGAGGCCAUGAGGGACCGUCUAGUACUGGGACUGAGGGACCUCACAUUACAGAGUAGGUUGCUGGCCCGGCCUCAAAUUACAUUCAAGGAGGCCUUGGAAGAAGCAUCUGCAACCGAAGCUUCCCAGAAAUCGGCGGCAGCUAUGAAGAAAAUGAAAAGUGGACCGCCCGUAAAGGAGGAGGCGGCCGUGCACUAUGAAAGAGCGGAAUCGGGUUCGAAGGAAGAGGACGAGGAGGAUGAAGUCCAUCACCUUCGAGCCGAUCGCAAGGAGAGACAACAGGGGAAGAGAGAGGCCUGGUGCUCGGGAUGCGAAGGGAACCACCCGAGAGCCGAAUGCAGAUUCUGGGACGCUAUCUGCCAAAGAUGCGAAAAGAAAGGGCACAUAGCGAGGGUCUGCAGGGCAUCCCAGCCAGCCUCCAGGAGGACCAGAGCCCCCCGAUCGCCAGCGAACAACAGAAAGUUCCAGACAAGUGGAAAGAGACAACCGUUUGGGCGAGGACAAAGAAACGAUGACCACCGGGUGGAUCGAGGCGAGACCCAUCAAACCAUCGUGAUCGGCCAUGCCAGCGCGGGAAGGGCAAAUAAGAUGGCGGCGACAGUUUUGAUCGAGGGGAGACCCUGCAAAAUGGAGGUGGACUCGGGAUCCAGCCUAUCGAUGGUAUCCUGGACAACAAUCAAGAAGCUCCUGCCACACAUCACAGCCCGCGACCUCAAACGACAGCGCCUCACCCUCAUCGACUACCAAGGGAACCGAAUCCCUGUGGUAGGCAUUGGCAAGUUCAACGUCGCCUACAAGACAUUCAAAGCCACGCUACCCCUCACGAUUGUGGACAGAGACAGGCCCAGCCUGCUGGGCAUGGAGUGGUUCGAGCCACUGGGGCUAGCCAUCACCGGCAUCGAUCACAUCGGAAACGACACCUGGGAGGAGGACCUGAUGAGGGAGUUCGCAGAGGUGUUUAACAACGAGCUAGGCAAGUACAAAGGGUCCCCAAUCUCAUUCAAUUUAGACCCCCAGGUAGCCCCAAUCCGAAUCAAACCCCAGAGAGUCCCUUUUGCGCUACGGCCAAAAAUAGACGAACAAAUAGAUAAACUGGUCGCGCAGGGAGUGUUAGAGCCAAUAGACCACGCGAGAUGGGAAACCCCCAUCGUGACACCGAUUAAACCUGACGGGUCAGUACGCUUGUGCGGAGACUAUAAAAGUACAUUAAAUAAGGCGCUCCAACAAAGCGCAUACCCCAUACCAGUAGUCCAACACCUCUUGCAUUCCUUGGGGAGGGGAAAAAUCUUCGCAAAAUUGGACUUAGCACAAGCAUACCAGCAGCUGCCCGUAGAUGAAGCCACUGCGGAAGCACAAACCAUCGUUACACACAGGGGCGCAUUCAAAUGUAAGAGACUGCAAUUUGGGGUGAGCGUAGUGCCUGGGCUGUUCCAAAGCCUGAUGGAACGACUCCUACAGGGAAUCGAAGGAGUCAUCCCAUAUUUCGACGAUGUGUUAAUAUCAGCAAGGGACACGGCUCAAUUGAAGCAGCGGCUGAGGGAGGUGCUGACAAGGUUCCAGAAAGUGGGGCUCAAAGUUAAAAGGGACAAGUGCCAACUAGCAGAGACUCAGGUCGAGUUCCUGGGAUACUUGAUAGAUGAGUCGGGAAUUAGACCCACCCCCGGAAAGCUGAGAGCAAUCAAGGAAGCACCCACCCCCAAAAAUAAAACCGAACUGCAGGCAUUUUUGGGGUUGCUUAACUUUUAUAAUAUCUUCCUACCGCAGAAAGCUACCACUGCUGAACCACUUCACCGGCUGCUGGACAGGAAGGCAGAAUGGAAAUGGGGGGAGCGAGAGAGGAAAGCGUUCAAAGAUAUAAAGAACCUCUUAACUUUGGACAGAAUUUUGGUGCAAUACAGCGGGACAUUACCAAUAAGACUAACUUGCGAUGUAUCCCCUUUCGGCAUCGGAGCUGUAUUGAGCCACAAGAUGCCAAACGGAACAGAGGCCCCCAUCACAUUUUUCUCCCGGACUUUGUCAAAACCCGAACGGAACUAUAGCCAAUUGGACAAAGAGGCGUUAGCCGCAGUAGCCGGAAUAAAAAGGUUCCAUGAGUAUCUCUACGGUCGGAGUUUCGAACUAAUAACCGACCACAAGCCAUUGUUAGGCAUCAUAGCAGGGGACAAACCAACACCCCCCGUUUUGUCGCCCAGAAUGCUAAGAUGGGUGGAAUUCCUGGCGGCCUACAAUUACACACUGCUCCACCACCCGGGGAAAUCAAUCGACCAUGCAGACGCCCUCAGCAGGUGCCCACUCCCAGAAACAGGGGAGGAUCCAGCCCCAGCGAUGAACACACUGCUAAUCGAGACGAUGGAGGAAGCCCGAAUAUCUGCAGCCGACAUUGCAAGGGCCACCUCGAAGGACAAAACACUGGCGCGAAUUUUAAAUUGGAUCUGGAAGGGGUGGCCGGAAGAAAAAGACAUAAGCACAGAGUUCCUGCCAUACAAACGGAGGCAAAAUGAACUGUCAGGACUAAGGGGGUGCGUGUUGUGGGGGGAUAGAGUCAUUGUUCCAAACACACUAAGACAACAGACACUCAGAUUACUCCACGACGGGCACCCGGGGAUCGUGAGGAUGAAAGCCCUGGCCAGAAGCUACGUGUGGUGGCCCGGGAUGGACAAGGAAAUCGAGACAUGGGUGUCCUCCUGCACUAACUGCCAAGAGUCGAGGGCAGCACCAAACUCAGCCCCUGUCCACGACUGGGAAAACCCGGGAACACCAUGGGCCAGAUUGCACAUCGACUUCGCAGGGCCUUGCAAAGGGAAUACGUUCCUAGUCAUCGUGGAUACAUAUUCGAAGUGGCUCGAAGUAGUACUCAUGACAACGACCACAGCAGACGCAGUGAUUAAAGUAUUGAGACGCCUAUUCGCCACACAUGGAAUUCCCGACCUCAUAGUUUCUGACAACGGACCACCAUUCACAUCAAACACCUUCGAGAUGUUCCUCGCUGACCAAGGAAUAAGGCACGCGUUAUCUGCCCCGAAAAAACCAUCGACAAAUGGUCUAGCGGAACGGAUGGUGAGAUCUACAAAGGAGACGCUCAUGAGACUAGGUCCAGGGGACAUUCAGGCCAAAUUAGAUAAACUAUUAGCCAUCCAGCACAUUACACCAAGCGCCACGACCCACCGAAGCCCAGCAGAAUUAUUAAUGGGCCGUAAGCUGAGAUCCCCUCUGGACAGACUGCACCCGCAGUACAGCACAGAGAAGCCAACCGACUCCACGAGCAGAAUCCGGGAGUUCCAGCCAGGGGACAGAGUAUACGCAAAAAACCUGAGUGGAAACCCACUCUGGGUACCAGCAACAAUAACCCAGGUGACGGGGCCCCUGUCCUACCGGGUCCAGACAACAGACGGCCAGCUCUGGAAAAGGCACAUUGACCAACUCAGAGGAAGAUUAACGAGAGUCGAGAGUGAACCCCAGCACAACAACCAGGGGGAAGGAAAAGACAAGCAAGCAGUACCAGAGCGGGCCAAGACACAAACACCAGGUCUGGACACGCCAAACACCAGCCCGGAAGAAGAUAACAGCGAGCACGUACCUGAGACCACGGAGGAGGUGACAGGCGCCGAAAGGAGCCGGAGGGGACAGCCAAGUAAAGUGGGAGAAGGAGGCGAAUCCACACCGGAGACCGAGUUCGAGAGAGUUCUGGAGCCCACACAGAGAGAGCAGCGGACCUCAACCUCCCAACCCGAGGGCACCGGGAUGACUGAACUGCGCAGGUCCGGUCGAACCUCCAAACGGCCCGCCUACUUACGCAACUACGUAGCAUAA